GUUUUUUUUAGUUUUUUCUUUCUUUAUUCUUAACAAUAUGUUUCGUCCUUUAAACAAAGCGGUUAUCAAGCCUGCACAUACAAUCUUGAAACGUACAUACGCUGUUUCAUUUAAACCUGUUACGGAGUUGACACAUCCCGAUAACGAUGUACCUCAAUCUACGCGUGAACAAGUAGAAGAAUUUAACAAGUACACUGUCACCACAUAUGUUCGACCCGAAUUUGUAAUCACUAGAGGCAAAGGAUGUUACUUGUACGACCAAAGUGACCGUAAAUAUUUAGAUUUCACAGCAGGUAUCGCAGUGACAGCAUUAGGCCAUUCCGAUCCUGAAGUGGCCCAAGUACUUUUCGACCAAGCAAACAAGUUAUUACACACCAGUAACUUGUAUCAUAACGAGAAUGCCGGUGCAUUAGCUAAAUCCUUGGUAGAAACUACAAAAUCAAACGGCGGUUCUUGGGCUAGUAAAUUGUUUAUUGCAAACUCUGGAACUGAAGCAAAUGAAGGCGCUUUAAAGUUUGCCCGUAAGUGGGGUAAGAAAUUUUCUCAGGAUAAGGUUGAAAUCGUUUGUUUCACAAAUGCUUUCCAUGGUAGAUCCAUGGGCGCUCUUUCUGCUACUUAUAACCCUAAAUACCAAUUACCUUUUGCCCCACUUGUACCUGGUUUUGUCACCAGCCCAUUCAACGACAUUGAAAAGACUUUAGAAUCUAUCACUGAUAAAACAUGUGGUGUCAUUAUUGAACCUAUUCAAGGCGAAGGUGGUGUUCAUCCUGCCAAGGCCGAAUUCUUGCAAGCUUUACGUAAACGUUGUGAUGAAACAAAUACCUUGUUGAUUUUCGAUGAAAUUCAAUGUGGUCUCGGUCGUACCGGUAAAUUGUGGGGUCAUCAACAUUUUGACAAGGCUUGUAUUCCCGAUAUUUUAACCAUGGCUAAGCCUUUGGCCAAUGGUGUGCCUAUUGGUGCUAUUUUAACUUCAGAGAAGGUAGGUGAAUUAAUCAAAGCUGGUGACCAUGGCACCACUUUUGGUGGUAAUCCUCUCGCCUCAGCUGUUGCAUUAAAUGUUGUAAAGCGUAUCACUACACCCGAGUUCAUCCAAAAUGUCAAUGAAAAGGGUGAGCACUUGCGAGGUUUGUUGAGACAAGUACAAGAAAGCCAUCCUGAUAUCAUCAAGGAAGUUCGUGGUUACGGUCUCUUGAUUGGUGUUGAAUUCAAAAAGGAUCCUUCUCCUAUCGUCAAGAUGGCUCGUGAGCGUGGUUUAUUAUUAGUCACUGCUGGUUGUAACACUGUACGUGUCAUUCCUCCCUUGAUCAUUUCAAAGGAAGAAGCCAUUGAAGGUGUCUCCAAGUUUGCUGGUGCUGUCGAGCAAUUUGCUGCAACUGCAUAAAAAAAUAAAAAUUUCGUAGGUCUGAGAAUUUACUCACUCCAUAUUAGAUUUCAAAAAUAAAUAAAGAAAUCUGUAUUGUAUAUUUAAA